AUGCUGGACAUUCCUCCGCCUGUGCAAAUAUCACAUCUGGAUGACGACAUCUCCGAAUCAAGCGCCGCUUUAGUCGCUGUAGCCAUCAAUCCGCACUUGAAUAUACCUGCGUCAGAUGUGGACUCUGGCAUAGACGUGGUGACUGUGGUGAAGAUUGGCCUUGUGUGCUCGGCUAUAGCGGCUGUGGGAUUUGUUCUUAUGCGCACGGCAAUGCGAUGA